UGAUGGUGGGGCUUUGGUGCUAGAUUAUGGAAGCUCUGUUCUGUGAAUUAUCAAACAAUAAUGAAUUAUCCAAGAAAAUUGGAAAUUUGAAGUGAACAUGAUUUUUUGAAUUUCGUUGAAUGAUAUAAUUGUUAAUAUGUAUAAUAAAGGUUCAAGCUAAUAAUUUUAUUGACAAGUUUGUUGUACAGUGAGUCUAUUUUUGUAAGAAGGAGAUUCUGUAGAUACGAUGCAGACGACGUUAAUGCAUUACAAGUUCCCAGCAUAGUGGUCCAAAGUGGCAGCCACACUCCUCCCGUCAUGGACAGAGCGACCACCAGAACGCAAUGGUCUCUGUCAACUCAGAGUACUUAUGAGGACGAUGGAGACUUGGGGGUUCAAACCACUAUUGAGGAAGCGGAUCGUUUCCCUCCUGCUUCCAAGGAGAAAGAAAAUGAGGCAACUGAGAAUAAACACACAAACAAUAAUAAUCUCCCCAGGGGCAGAUCAAAAGCAAAUUUGAAACUGUUAAAAAGAAGCCACGCUUUGAAAGAAUCGACCAGUCCCCCUCCGGACGUACCUUUGUCACCUGUUACAACCCCUACUUUAGAACUGCCAACCCCUCCAAGCAAUAACAACAAUCCUGCGUCAACGAACAGCAAUGGAUUGAAUCUUAGACCAAUACUCAAAAGAGACAGUUCUAACCAGAGCACAGACUCCAACUUAUCGUCGUCGCUUUCAAGAGGUAACAGUAUGGAGCACAAUAAUGACCAAAUGUCCACCCAAGAGUUGGAGCAUUUUCUAACUGAAACAAUCAAUGGACCGACAAAAGACAAGAUUUUACUGUUAAAAAUAGAAAGUGAAAUAAUCAACCUACUCAAUGACAAAAGAAAAUCAUGUCAUAAGUUCGGAAUUAUGAGCUCCUACCAAAGAAUGCUAGUUCAUAAAGUAGCCCAUUACUAUAACUUGGACCAUAAUGUAGACCCCUCCGGCCAGUCCGUGAUCGUCUAUAAGGUGAAAAAUGCAAGAAUGCCAGCAAACAAGCUCAUUAACUUUUUUAGAGGCGAAGUUUCAAUGUCAGAAGAGCCUAGAAAAUCUAUACUAAAAAGAGAUUCUGCGUCUUUCGAAGACACUCCGAGCUUCAAGAAUCCUGAUGGACAGCCUGACGGACCGCGGAGAUCCAAAAGUUUCGAAGAGAGAGAGGAGGAAUAUGAAAAAGCUAGAGCUCGUAUUUUUCACCAAGAACACGGAGACAGAGACAGUUGCUCUCAAGACGGCGAGGACGAAAUGCGCUGGACGCAGCCUCCUCCUACAUGGGAACGAACUGCCUCCUCCGACUCAACUAAGCUACACCCAAACUCUCAAAGACCAUCAAGACUUGCCAAGGGCGAAUCGUACGAAUGCAGAGACACCCUACGAGCUAACUCCCUACGAUCGAGUGUUAGCAAAUCCUAUAGCUUCGGAGGAUAUGACCAGACUUCUAACAAUAGAGUGCUCACUAAACAGGACUCGGGCAGCAGUGGUGGGUCUGGUGUAAGUCCCUCGAGUUCUGGUUAUAAGAGCCAGAGAUCAGAUACUACAGUUUCUGCAACUCCGUCACCGUCCGCUACUCCCCACCUAGCCACUCAGCUUUCUAACCAAAGUGGUGCAGUUUCCCCGGACAUAGAACAAGAUGCUGUGUUUUGGGCCGUCACUAGCAUGGCAUCCGUCCCAAUUGGAUCUGUUCUAAUAAAUCCACAGACUGGGCGACCGCUGAAGAACGAUGAUGGGUCGGUUUAUCACUAUCAUCCUGAUAAUCCACCGAAGAUAGUUAGCUCCACAGAGCAGGCUUCUGCGGCCCCACCAGCCCCUGAGACCGGAACAACAACGAAUACAGGUGGUAGCGGUCAAACUACAAGUGUUCAGAGUCAACAACCCACUGUGGCAGAAGAACCCUCGCUUGCGAACCCACCCCAUCCCCCGGCCUCAUACCAUCAGGUGGAGGAGCCCCAUUUGGUUACAGGUUUAGAUACUACUGGUGCUACGAAUGUACCCUUGGCUCCUGUUUAUCAGCACAUGCCUCCGCCAGUACCUACGUCCAUAAUGUAUAACCCUCCGGCGGAGAGCUACCCACCUCCGACUAACAGUGGCCAACCACUGAUAUAUUCGGUUCCGUACAACAACGUGCAAUAUACUACAACGCCAAUGACUGCUCCUGCCCCACAGCUCAACACACUGGAGCAGGAGCAGCUGUGCAAUUAUUUGGCGAGUAUGUGCCACGGAGAAUAUAAUAGAACGGAGCCUCAACAUCGUCAACUCGUCUACUGCCAGCCUCAAUACUCACAGGGUGCUACUGCUGCCCCUACUCUGCCAACGGUAUAUUUCUCCCCUCCGAACCAUGUGGUGCCUCCAACUCAGCCUCGUCACCCAGCCACUUGCUCGUACCAAUAUCCACAACAGCCAGACCGAUCAGUUUCAGCUGCUCCUGAGUGCACCUAUCAGCCGCCAGGAGUUCACGGCUACUACGCUCGCUGCCCCUCAGCCCAGCCGCCGAGUUCUGGGUACUUUGUCCCGACUGCCACAGCGUCCAUGGGAUUGAUGUAUCCUCCGGUACACACACAAGCAGCUCGUCCUUACCACCGCUUGCCCACUCCGCCUAACACAACACAGAAUGUUUGCUCUCCGUACCCAAUGAACAACUACGCCUCCGUGCUCUACCAGCCCCAGAUGAUGGCCCCGGCUAUGAUGAGACCAGCGAUGCAGCUGAACAUGGCUAACAGCCCCCCACUGAGGGCGAUUCGUCCCGUAAACUACAACACCACCACAACUCGUUCGCCUGUGGUCCGAGACCCCGCACCGCCCGAACCGCCGCGGCACAACAAUUACGCCACAACAAUGCCACAGAGCAGUGCAGUUGGCCCGGUCAUUUACCGGCUUAACUAUCCGCCUGGGGAUUAUCUUCUGAUGAACAGUCGGGCGUUUCAAAGCGCUCCGACAGCCAACCGACUCCCACCGUCAGUCCCGACGUUUACCCCCUUACGGCGUGGCAGGCCUCGAGCCGCCGGUCCGUCUCCUCCCCCAAACCCAAGGUCGAGUCUACGGGAUGAGUCAACAGGCUGCUCUGACCACAGCAAUUGAAUCCGCAGGACAUAAUGACUCCAGCCUAAAUGGUUGUCAUUUAAUGAUGAAUACUUAGAUCUGCCGUCAACCUACCACUCGAUAUUGUUAGUGCAUCUGAUUUUAGGGCUCCUAUUAGUCCAGUUAUAAAUUUAAUAAUAGCUAUAUUUUCAAAUUAGUCGCCUUCAUAUUCUUAAGUGGCAAUAAUUAUUUAUGUGUAGCGUUAAUUUUAAUCCGUAAGCAUUUUCUGACUGGAUUAAGCAUUGUUUCUUUUCAAAAACUAAAACAUACAGAAUUGAUUUCGAUAUAUUUUUUAAGUUCUCGCCAUACACUGUCUCUAUAAUAGAUAAGAGGUUGUGAAGAGUAGAUUAUCGAGUGAAUAUUUGAAUAUUAUUGUAAGCUUGGAUCUCAAUGGCUUGGAUGAUAUGUAUACAAGUAUUGAAAAAUGUGUAUAAUUUGCACAAAGUUUUAAAUAGAUGAGAUGUUUGCUGCGUCUUUUUACUGAUCCGUUCCCUGUCCAGACCUUACCUAGAUUGUUAGUCAUGUUAACGUUAGUGAUCUGAAACUGAAAUAUACUAAACUUUUACUUAUUUUCCUUUUGACUGAGUUCCGCAUAGUUGUGUUGAGAACAAACAUAAAGUUUUCAUGAAUUUAUAAGGAAUUGAAAUGCCAAUAACUAAUUCCACCAGUUAUCAAAAGAAAAUUGAAAUCAAGUUAUUUUUAAAUGUUUCCAAAACUGAUUUGUGAUUUAAAAGGUAACCUACAGGGUUUGAGUAAGUCAAAUGUGUAAUCUCAUCUCUUUGCAUUUCCAAAGUUCUUGGUAGUAACAAAAUUAAACAAACAGACACAAAAUCUCAUUAAAUGUACAUAAUUUUUUUUUUAUAAACUACCUAUGUCUAAAAAUCAUAUUUAUUUCUGAUAAUUGAGAAAUGCGUAAUUUCAUAAUAAAUCACUGAAACUAUAAUAUAGGGACAGUGCAUGCGAGAUCAUUUCCUUUACAUUUCAAUUGUGUCCUUCUUCACAAUUAUUGUGAUAAAACUUAGUUUUUGUAUAUUAUUUUUGUUUUUUAUGAUUUAUUUGUAGAAGAACGCCGUCGUCGUAACUAAGUCGGGACAAGAAGAUUGCAAUAGAUAGGUUAUAUUUGGCUGAGCCUCUUCUCUUGCCGCCAUCAUUCAAAUUUUUGUUUUUAAGCUUACCAUUAUUCUAUGAUCUGUAGUUAAAUAAUAGGAUAGGUAAAGUGUUAAUUUAAUACAAUUUCUUACUUGUGGUUGUUUGUACGUUUAGG